AUGCCCAAAUCCCUCGGUGGCACCGCGCAGCUUCGCGUAGACGAUAUUCCUCCUCCUAUCAACAUCACACACCACGUCUCCCACAGCGGCCCGUCUAUACCUCUCGUCGGCGUCUUCUCGCCGUCUACAUGGCGUCGCCCGAUGAACUCGCUCUCUGGCUCGCAGCAUCCCCGCCCCUCGCUCCAGGUGUACUGCACGGCUCCCGAUGCUGGCGACCCCGCACGUCUGGAAGCGGCUGCCCGGGCUCUAGAGACGGGUAUUCUUGCUGAGCGCCACCAGGGCAGAGACCCUGCCGAGUACGAUCGGUUGGACGUGUAUGGGAUGCCGUUCUUGGAGCCGGAGGGAGAAGUAGUGGCUGCCUGCGUGGAGCACCAAAGACGGGAGAUUGCUUCCCGGGUCGAGGGUAAGGACUGGUAUAUCCAACGAUGUGACCUCGGGGGCUGCGAUUGGCGGAGGGCGUUGGUUAUCGUGAGGAAAGGGCGGGAGGAGUGA